AUGCUGGACAACUUAGUGAAGGCAAGUGUCACUCUCAAAGAUGAAGUCAAGGUGGUGAAGAAUUAUCUGGAUGCAACCAAGCAGAAAUUGGCUGUCGUACCGAACACUACCUUCGAAUUGCAGCAGUUUGCUUCUCUUAUUGCUGACUCUCCUCCUUCAUCAAAGUGGUUGGGCUCCGAGAUCCAAGCACUUAACACGCAGUCAUGCCUUCUUCCUACUCCUAAAGGGACUUCUUGCGCCAAUUAUGCUAGAUGUGUGAAUCAGAUCUUACAGAGAUUGCCUGAAAUUGAGUUGUGGCUUAGGAUUCCGCUAAAGGAUUCUGAUACAGAAGAUCCAAAAGAUUACUGGGAGAUAUGGAAUUCGUUUCGUCUUCUUUGUGACCAUGAUAGUAAACUGUUUGUUGCUCUUGAUGUUCAGAGUAAGCUACCAUCUGAAAAUGCACUAGGGCGAUGGUUUGGAGAUUUGGUGAAAGCAGCCAUAAUAAGCACUGAAUGUUUCGCACCAACAACUCAGCAUCCAAUCUUAUUAAAGAAUCACAGAGAGCUUAUAACAAGACUUUUUCAUCAUAAUGUACAGGCUAUAGUAUCCGGAAAACCUUUGUGUAAUCUUCAAACGGAUUCUGUUGAUAUCACUGAGGGUCAGUCUCCUCUAUUCCUUAUGGGCGCUAAUGAUAUGCAAAUGCACCCCAAUAGCCGUAUUUUGACUAUCUUAGUUCUUUGUUCUUCAAUAUGGAACCACUUUCUGAACAAGAACGCAAAGAGGUUAUCCACAGAGAUCGCUUUCACACACCCUUGCAGCCACUGAAGUAUAAUUUAGAAGCCCACAGCUAUGAGGGCAUUGAGAGAGACACUGUUAAAUACAUCCAAUAUCGAAGGGCAAUUGCUAGAGCCUUAGAGGACAGGGUCCCUAAUGAGAAAGCGUCCGAAUUAACUACUGAUUUGGUUACGACGAGAGGAUGGGAAGGCAUUGUUACCAUAAUCUCUCAGUGACAUGCGUUUCUGGAUUGCUCCUGAGAAAGCUGAUAUAUUGGUCAGUAAUUACAGGUUUUGGUGGCUACCUUAGAGUAUUUUCUAUUCAUUUGAAUCAUUAUCUAUGUUAGAGUAAUUACAGGUUUUACUAAUUAUAGUGUGAUAGUACAUUAGUGUUUACUUGCUCUUAUAGUCUUAUUUGACACAAAGUAGUUCAUUCAAUUAAAACAGAUUGAUUAACUGUUAUGAUAUAUGGUCAAUGACCUUUCCAUCUUUGGAAAUGGAGUCCCAUUUGGCUUGAA